UCCCCUUCCCUCUCUCUCUCCCCCUCCCCCUCUCUGCAACAACCAAAACCAAACAGCCAACAGCUCUCUCUCUCUCCCUCUCUCACUUAGGUUCUUGUGACAAGACAAUGACGGCGGUCUCUGCUGACGUCACCAAGCUAACGAAGCGUGAGAAUAUUAGUGCCAUGGCUAGUUCUAUGCCCACUGAUGAUAAUUUCAAUAUCGAGAGCUUCCUCCCUGACGAACUCAAGGCUCUUGAUUUCCCCAUGGAAGAUAUUGAAGAGUGUGUUGAAGACGAAGAUUGGUAUGCGCAAUUCCAAAACCUCGAACCACCUUCCUUUGAAGAUUUGUUUUGUCCAAGAGUUUUGGAUGGUAACGACGACAUGAAACCUAAGAACCUCUCCACUUCGUAUGGACAAACUUCUCAGCGAAAUCAAUUACCAAGGACUGCUGCUAAAACUACCCGAGGAAUAAGCAGUAUUCGCAGCGAGGACCUUGAAAGUAUUGGCUCUUGUGCUGCUCAAUUUGAGCCCAAGUUUGAAAAGCGUACCCGAAGCAAGCUUUCACGAAGCAAGCGUUCAAGCCCUGCUAUUUUCAAUACUCAGUUCUUUCCCAGCACCUCAUCCAACUCCUCUGCCUCUGAAAAUUUAUAUCAUUGGGAUGCUUCUGAAUCAGACUUAGAAGGCUCUCUCACUGAGGAGAUGUCGAACGCUGCCAAAAGAAAACAAAAGAAGAAAAGGAAUCUAUCGCAGCUCUCAAGUGCAGAGAUGAGAAAGCUCUCCCAGGAGGAACCAGGUGAGAGUCGGGAGACUAAAAGAUGCAUGCACUGUGCAGUGACGAAGACCCCUCAGUGGAGGGAAGGGCCACUAGGACCAAAGACCCUCUGCAAUGCGUGCGGGGUUCGUUAUAGGUCUGGCCGUCUCUUUCCGGAGUACCGCCCUGCUGCAAGUCCUACAUUCGUUGCGUCGGUCCAUUCCAACUCCCACAAGAAGGUUAUAGAGUUGAGAAACAAGGGUUGCCAGGGGGCUACUAUGGGAAUUUUAUCCUCGGCCCAGUAGGAAACCAUAUAGUAGGGGUAGUCAUUUCUUUCAUUAUAUUUGAAAAUGAGAACAGUCCUCUUAGCUGAGAGACCUUUCUUGUCUCUGUUUUAUUGCUUUUAUUUAUAAUUUAUUUUUUAUGUUCUUUGUGUACAUGAUGGAAUAAGAGGUCGUUGCCCUAUCGGUCCAGAGCAGUCAUUACCUCCAUCGAGGGAAAAACUUUUAAGGGAAGGAAGGAGAAAAAAUUAGAGUACCCUUAAUUGUAGGCAUCUUAUGCUAAACCAAAAAUUAGAGUGUAGUAGAGCAUUUACCCUGGA